UCACCGCUAAACGUCAAACACGCGCGGGCUGUUAGGGUCAGCAUGCUAACACCAGGGAGACAGGACUGGUCCAGCUAGGCUUGACCAUCACAGUAGUCAUUAUACACCUGUGCUAGCCCUACCUGUUGAUUAGUUUGGAUACCUGCGGAUGUGUACAGGUGUAUAUGAGCUGGGAUAUGUAUACACUCAUACACGUGCUCGUUCUACAGACAACUGUGUUGAUGUUUGACUUUAAAAAGCAAGUGCUGAGUGAACAUUAAGUAUGACAGCCUGAACUUUGAAUGUCUUCCCUGCCUGUGCUAUUACUGGUUAAUUGGGACUGGAAAUUCACACUGAUUGCUUAACGUUUUAGAGAUACUUGAUAAUUUAUAAUAACCGUUACAUACUUAAAAUGUGAUUUUAUCUGCCAGAAGGAAUAAUACCAGCCAUGCUUCAGUAUCCUUAUUUUGGAUGUAAAUACUUUGUUACAAAUCGUGAUCUGUGUGAAUUUAUUCUAGAAAAAUAGACAAUUUAGUCAGUGAUGUAGUUUUACAUUUAAACUGUGGAUUUAAGUAAAGUCAAAAUGUGGAGUAUUAUAUGUGUUGAUUCUAAGGAGAGAAGAUAUGAUUUAUCGUUAGUAUGUAUAAUGCUAAUGUGGAGUUCACUGAUGCAUGAACUUAGAGGGGAGUGCCUGUUUGAGGGGAGGCUAUAUAUGAACCACACGUUAUGGCUGCCUGAUGACUGUACCAUCUGUACGUGUCAGGAUCCUAUCACAGUCUGUGAACGAGUCAGGUGCACCACCCCAAAGUGCAGGUUCUCCAAGGGUGAAUAUCUGCAGAUUCCAUCAGAUGACUGUUGUCCAGAAUGUGUACAGCAAUUAUUGCCAUGCCAACACCAAGGGCAGACAAUUCCGGUUCACGUUUUAACAAUGUCUGUGUUUACAGGUUCAUGCUCUUACGAUGGAGAAAGACACCAGGAUGGGUCAGAGUGGGAACCAAUUCCAUGUGCUAAGUGUGUGUGUCGGGACGGGCAGACAACGUGCUACCCCAUACAGUGUCCACCAUUGGUCUGUCCUCAGGAUCAGCAGAUGGAGAGAGCACCUGGGUUUUGUUGUCCACGUUGUAUAGGAGCUACCUGUACAGACCAAAACACUCGCUACAAGGAUGGUGCCCAGUGGAAGCGGAAUCCCUGUACCUAUUGUGUGUGUAUCAAUGGGGCCACUGUCUGUAGAUCAAAGGAAUGCAUGCCUGAACUCAAGUGUUCUAAGGUCGAAAAGAAUAUCACUAGGGAGGGUGAAUGCUGUACAGAGUGUCUUCCAAGAGAAAAUGCAUGUGUGACUGAACAGCCCAUCCGUUACCAUGGCGACAUAUGGAAUGUGUCCAGUUGUGAGUUUUGUAUGUGUCAAAAUGGACAGGUGCAGUGUCAUACAGCCGUAUGUGAGCAUGUCAGGUGUACACAGGACGAGGUACUGGUGCAGCCCGAGGGUAAAUGUUGUCCCGAGUGUGUAGAUCCUCCCAACUGUGACUUUGCUGGUGACACCUACAAGGAUGGAGAGACGUGGCAUCCUGACCCCUGUUCUGUAUGUAACUGUAAGGAUGGUGAAACCGUGUGUUACCAGAACUCCUGCCCUGUUUGUUCAGAGGGAACCGUGUCCAUCCUGCAACCUGGAGAAUGCUGUGGACAGUGUCAACCAAUGCCCUGUGCAGACACUUGUUUAACCUGUUCCCAUGAUGACCCCCAGCAGUGCACUAAGUGUCAUGUGACCAGCAUGUUGGUUCAGGAUGGAAGAUGUGUUCCGGGCUGUAAGGAGGGGAUGUUUGCUACACGGAACAGCCAAUGUCAAGUCUGUCAUGAGACCUGUCAGACCUGCGUGGAUGGAACACGACACCACUGUGUGAAAUGUAAGCCAGGACUGCUGUGGAGGAAUGGUCAGUGUGUACCUAGGUGUGACAGGAACUACUUCCAGGAAGGUGGCCAGUGUAUUGAGUGUCACAGUAGCUGUAGCUUCUGUGUCGGGCCAAAGAGCCAAGAAUGUCAGUCAUGUUCAAACCCAGGACAGGUGCUCCAAGAGGGCCAGUGUGUGGAUGUAUGCCAAUCAAACUACUACCUCAGGAAUAAGGAGUGUCUAGAGUGUCCGCCCACCUGUAAAACAUGCUCCGGUGAUGGGGGAUCCUGUACCAGUUGUUUCUCAGGAUUUGUACUACAUCGUACACAGUGCCUGUCCGAAUGUCCAAAUGGAUUCUAUCCUAAUCCUGAUGGAUAUUGCAUACGAUGUCACAUUAGCUGUCGGACAUGUACUGGUCCUGACGACACCCAAUGUACCUCCUGUAUAGAGAGAGCUCGCCUCAGUAAGAGAGGACGUUGUCGUAUGCCAUGUGCUGAAGGCCAGUACCUAAAGAGAGACGGUUCGUGUCAUAGUUGUGAGUUUGGCUGUUCCAAGUGUUUCACUGGUCCACGUGGCAGGGAGUCGGUUUGUACGUUGUGUACCGACCCGACCAUGGUAGCGUUUGACAGUCUGUGUAUGAGACGUUGCCCUAUUGGACAUUAUAUUGAGGACCAGAUAUGUAAAGAGUGCGGUGGUGGGUGUGUGCAGUGUGAUUCACCUCUCCAAUGUUACAAGUGUGGCCCCGCCUUGUUGCUGUCCGGGGACAGGUGUGUCCGCCAGUGUAGCCAGCAUCAGUACCGUGACUGGGACAACCAAAUCUGUAUAGACUGCCCACAGAACUGUGUUGAAUGCGGUGAAGGGUCCAAGUGUACCCUCUGUAACAGCCACACCUUCCUCCGCCAGGGCAAGUGUGUCACCACAUGUGGCUCCAGUUACUACGAGAACCGUAGAACCCAGAUCUGUGAAGAGAACCGUCAGGCACCAAUCCUACAGAUCUUUGGCCAGAUCCUCACCGAGGAGGGAGGAAUUGCCAGCAUUCCGGCCGACAUUUUCUACCUGUCUGACCCCGACACACCUGUAGAGGACUUGCUCCUGGUGCUGUCACGCCCCCCUGACAACGGUGAGCUGGUUAAGGCGGUGAUGGGACAUGACGUAGCACUACAGACUGAGGACACCUUCACGCUGGUCGACCUACACACAGGCAAAGUCCGCUUCAUCCACAACAAUCACGCAGGAAGUAAAAGUCGGAUUGUGUUGAGGGCCAGCGAUCAUAUGAUGCUGAGUGAUGAGGCCACAUUAAGUAUCCAGGCUGUAUCUAGACAGGCACCACGUCUUCUCAGGAAGGAACCACUUGUGGUGACCAGUGGGGAAACCUCAACCCUGGACACCAUAGACCUUCAGAUCAGCAGAGCAGAAGACGAGGUCUCCAUCAGUGUACUUCAGGGCCCUUACCAUGGGCAGAUAAUCCACCUGAAGUUUGACGCUCCAGUUACAUCCUUCACCCUACAAGACCUGAGAGCAGGAUUAAUCGGAUACCGACACACAGGGCAAAACAGUGAGGCUCGUGACUUAUUUCUGCUACAGGUGUCUGACGGUUAUCACCUCCUCAACUUCAUCAUCAAUAUCAACAUUCGCAUCAAGGAUAGUUUGAUUCCUGUUUUGGUCAACAACAAAAUAGGUCGCCUUGCAUCAGGUGAUAUGCUACAAUUGACCUCUGACCUCUUGUUGGCUGAGGUCAUGGACUUCGAGAAAACUCCGACAAGGGACAUAAUCUACACACUGAUGCCCACUGUCAACAAUCCAAAACAAGGGGAGGUGCUCAUGGUUGUGCCAAUGCCUGAGGAGGGGCUGGGCCGGGGCUGGGAGGAUAUAGGCGGCGGAACAAUGGCCGCCAAAAUGUUCCGUUUCAUGCAGAGGGACAUCAAUGAGGGAAGGAUCUGGUACAAAAAUAAGGCCACAUCAGCAUUAUCGGAUAUCAUUUCUUUUGAGGUGUUAGAGAACCAGGUGGUGCCCAUCAGUAAAUAUUACAGUUAUUAUCUCCCCUUGUGUUCCAAGGUGUUAGAGAACCAGGUGGUGCCCAUCAGUAAAUAUUACAGUAAUUAUCUUCCCUUGUGUUCCAAGGUGUUAGAGAACCAGGUGGUGCCCAUCAAUAAAUAUUACAGUUAUUAUCUCCCCUUGUGUUAUAAGGUGUUAGAUAACCAGGUCGUGCCCAUUAGUAAAUAUUACAGUUAUUAUCUCCCCUUGUGUUCCAAGGUGUUAGAGAACCAGGUGGUGCCCAUCAGUAGCUCUAACCUGGCGUUUGAGGACAUGGACACACCAGACACUGCCAUUGUAUACAUAGUGACACGCCCCCUCAGGGAUGGGGAGGGGACACUGGAACACAUUGACACACCCUUCCGUUCUACCUCACGAUUUACUCAGGCAGAUAUCAACAACAACAGAAUCGUGUACCGGCCUCCCCUAUCUGAUGUGGGCACGGCAGAAAAGGAGUUCAGCUUUUAUUUUACAGUUUCAGAUGAUGGGCCACCCAAUGGUAGCCCUCAAGAACAGAAGUUUAGUAUCCGUGUUCUCCCUGUAAACAAUGUGCCUCCUAGAUUCCUGAACCCUUCUCCUAGAGUCACCGUAUCACAGGGCUCCAUGGUUCCUCUCGGUCAGUCUCUACUGGCAGUCACUGAUGCAGACACGCCCACAUCUGACCUCCUUGUGACCUUGAUCCAGGCCCCUGUGCUCGGAAGGAUAGAGAAAAACCACAUCGGUGGGAAGGUGGUAAUCCGGGAAGGGGAGUCGUUCCACUAUGACGAGCUGCUAGAUCGUGUGUUCCAGUACCAUCAUGGGGGAAGUGGGCGACAGCUAGAUGACACAUUUAUCCUGGAGGUGAGCGACGGUGCUCAUCAGGCCAGUCUGUGUGUCAACGUGUCGGUGGUCAGGGUAGACAAGUCAUCGCCAUCAGUGUUAGACACAGCCAGCUGUAGGAUCAACAUCAACGAACGUGAAACUGUGGUGAUUGAGAGGAAUGUUUUAGCAUUUGUGGACCAGGACGAUGAAGAUAACCGUCUGAGAGUAACUGUUUCCUCCAACCCUGUACAUGGGCGUAUGUUGUAUCGUGGGGCACGUCUCCUACAGAGGGGUGGGGUCUUCACACAGUCCGACAUCAACAACCACCAUAUAAGUUACCAAUCAGAUCGUGAGAUUGGAAGUCAGCCAAUCACAGAGGUCCUUGCAUUCAAUGUCAGUGAUACGAGUGGUAAUAUGUUGACCAAUCAGGUUCUGUCUAUCAUAAUCCAGCCCAUCAACAACCAGGUCCCAUUGGUUAAAUUUGGACCAGAAACACAGAUUGAGGAGGGAGGAGAGAGCCCCAUCACCUUGGAGAACAUCAAAGUGACAGAUGCUGACAGUCCAGUGUCCAGUCUGUCCUUUAUCAUAGAAACACCACCAGCCUUUGGGGAGAUACGAAGCACACGUCCAGAGACCACGGGGUCAGAAGAGGUGGAGGCGCGAACAGUGACGUCCUUUUCUCUCCAGGAGUUGUUGGACGGACACAUUUCUUACAGUCAAACUGACCACACUCACCAAGAGCCGACUAAAGAUGGCUUUCUCUUCAUUGUCACUGACGGCACCAACCAGACACCAUUGCAGCGACUCAACAUCACUAUACAGCUGAUCAAUGAUGAAGCACCAAUGGUGAUGACAGAACAGAUAUUUGUACGGGAGAACUUUAAUGUCCUGGUCACCAACGCCUCCCUGUAUGUCGUUGAUCUGGACACCUCCGCUGAUGACCUCAUCUUCACCGUGGAUACGACCCCAGAACAUGGUUCGGUUGGGAAGAGGAUCUCUGUACUGGAUCCUGUGGUGUCAGCGAGGGCUCUCCGUCAAGGUGAUAUGUUCACCUACAAGGAUGUACUUGAUGAACUCUUGGUAUACCGUCAUGAUGGCGGGGAGCUUCCCAGCGACACCUUCACUUUGUCGCUCACUGACGGAGAGUUUACCGACAAGAAAACGCUAUCCGUUAUAAUUGGCAUGGUGAAUGAUGAAACUCCACGGAUAUCAAUAAACAGAGGUCUUAGGGUGAACUCAGGGUCUAUAACUCCUAUUAAGUCUAAGGACUUGCAGGCUACAGACAUCGACUCUAAUGAUGCUCGUAUAAGGUACAUAAUCAAAAGGGAUCCUGUGAAUGGUCGACUACGACUCAACCGAUCUGGUAACCCUGAACCACAGACUGUCUCCAUCCAUGGACCAAUCAGACACUUCUACCAGGCAGACAUUGAUAAUGGUCUCCUUGACUACCAAAACAUGGCAGGGGAGACAACUGGUGUGGUUACCUUUAAAUUUGAUGUGUCAGACCCAGAGGGCAAUCUUCUUAUUGACCAAAUAUUCUACAUAACAGUGCUAGAGGACCGUAUCCCACCACAGAUGCUAGCUAACAGGGAGCUUGUCGUGUCUGAGGGGGCUGACGUGAAGAUCACCACCGACCACCUGUCAUUUACUGAUGUGGAUUCGGAGCCUGGAUCACUACAGUACUUCCUGCUGUCCGCCCCACUGUUAGGACACUUAGAGCUCACAGACAACCAAGGAGUGCCAAUAUCAGAGUUCACUCAGUCAGAUCUGGCUGCUAGCUGUGUGUUGUAUGUCCACGACAGUCCGAAGGAGGUUUACAGUGACCGCUUCACCUUCACUGUCACUGACGGUACUAAUGAGGUGACACACAAAUUCAGCAUUGCCAUCAACCCUGUAGAUGAUGAGAUUCCUGUCGUCACCAACAACGGGAUGAGGGUCCAGGAGGGGAUCCGCAAGGUCAUCACAGAGUUUGACCUUAAGGCUGUAGACAAGGACACAAGGGAGGACCAUAUUUUAUUCAAAGUUAUUCAGCUACCUCUCCAUGGCAGCCUUGACCUUCAGGAUGGUGAUGAGUUCCGAACAACAUUGACCUUCACCAUGCUGGACAUCUAUGACAGCCGAGUCAGUUACCAACAUGAUGGUUCUGAGACAAGGGAAGAUAACUUCUCUUUCACUGUAACAGAUGGCUCAACCUCCAUGUUUGCCAUGCAGAGAGAUCACCACAGAGGAGACAUUUUUCUACCACAAUCAGCCCCUGGGGAAUUUCAGAUAGAGAUUUUACCUAUGGAUGAUGGCAGUCCAGUACUGGAAGUCAACCGAGGUCUUCAGUUCCUGGAACUCUCUGAUGGCAACGCCUAUAAUCUGAUUACAUUUCGGGAGUUACAAGCUGUGGACAUCGACACUUCCCCCUCCGAUCUUGUGUUCCUAGUCACCCACACACCACGUCACGGUCGACUGGAGAAAACGUCCAACCCCACUGUGGCCAUCUAUUCUUUCACUCAAGAGGAUGUCAACAAUGGACAGAUCCAGUAUGUUUUGACGGGAGAUGUUACAGAAAUGGAGGACAGUUUCACCUUUGACCUCAUGGAUAAGAAGCCGAACCAUAUUCCUGAUAACGAGUUCCACAUCAUGUGGUCUGUAAUAAGCUUUGAGCAGCAGGUGACGAACAUCACAGAAUCAGCGGGAGUGAUCAGAAUCCCUGUGACGAGGACAGGUAACCUGAAACAGUACUCCAUAGUGACAUGCAGGACGCAACCAGAGGAAGCCACAUCUGAGAAUGUCAGAGCCCGGCCUGGCACACAUGACUUUGUCCAACAUUCUGGCCAGGUUCAGUUUGACGAGUGGCAGGAGACGAAGGUGUGUAGUAUCAUCGUCAAUGACGAUUCUAUCUACGAGGGGCCGGAGCGGUUCUACGUAGACCUGGUGGAGCCGGUGUACUCCCUUGUCAGUCCUAGCCGUGCCCGCACACAGGUCACUAUCUACGACACAGAGGAUGAACCAGUGAUCCAGUUCCAGCAGCCAAUCUUCUAUGUCAAUGAGAGCGAUGGUUACCUGUCUGCCAUACUUACAAGGACAGGUGACAUAGGGUCAAGUGUGUCGGUCAUCUGUUUCACCAUACCACUCACAGCGAGAGGGAGUCACCUAACCCACUUACAGUCCGGCUCCGACUAUAUCACCCGCGGAAACACCAAUCUCUACAGAGUUGUCUUUCCACCGGGAAUCAGCACAGCUUCCUGUGAAGUGAAGCUUGUGGAUGACAGUGAAUAUGAGACAGCAGAGCAGUUUGAAUUGUCAAUCUCUGAUCCUUCAGCCAACUGUCGUUUGGGGCCAGUCACCAAGGCAACUGUCGUCAUCAGUGGACCAAACGAUGUGUCGAUAGUGCGCCUUGCCUUGCCGAAAUUCCACUUUGAUGAGGAUGCUGGUGAUGUUGAGGUUGAUGUGCUGCGCAGUGGUGCUGACCUUGCCCACAAUACAGUAGUGUGGUGUGCCACAAGACUGUACGACAUACCCUCUGCAACCCCCGGACAAGAUUACAUACCUAGCUCCAGCCAGAUCACGUUUGGUCCGGGCCAGACCUCCGAGAGAUGUCUAUUGACCAUUAUGGAUGACGAGGGUGAUCCCCGACGGGAAGGCAAUGAGACCUUCACAGUGUUUCUCAGCUCUCCCACUGGAAGUGUGCUGGUGGAACCUCACACUGCUACCGUUGUUAUCCACGAUGACCACCUUGACAUGCCCACAAUGCAGUUUACCAAGGACAACCAGACAGUCAGUGAGUCCGAUGGACAGAUCAGUGUGGCGGUAGUUAGGACAGGGGAUCUCAGCUUUGAGUCCUCUGUUAUCUGUUACACACGACAGAACACUGCCCUAGUGUCGGAGGAUUACAUAGAACGGCCUCUCAGUGAGGAGUCAAGAUUAUACUUCUUACCUGGAGAACAGAUACAGAGCUGUGUCGUUGGAAUUGUUGAUGACGCUGACUACGAGCCCACAGAGACCUUCCGCCUACACCUGGCCAAGGCCGAGGGUACAGAGUUGUGUGAGGCACGUGUAGGAGACAUAGACAGGACAGUGGUCACUCUCACAAACCAGGAAGAUGUGCCAACCUUAGGAUUUGAUCAGCCUGCCUAUAGUGUCCAUGAGCCGGGAGUCCAGGAGAAAACUGGGACUUUGGUGAUCAGAAUCAGUCGGACAGGUGACCUGUCACGUGCGUCCAGUGUGCGCUGUAGUACCAGGGAUGGGUCAGCACUGUCAGGCGUAGACUAUAACCCCAGGAGUCAGGUUGUCACGUUUGAACCAAAUGUGGCCGCUGUCGAUUUCCCUGUGGACAUCCUGUACAACAGUGCUAUUGAGUGGCAUGAAUCCUUCACUGUGGUGUUGGGGCCAGAGGAUCCCACAGGGGCUGUGCUGGGGUUGAUCUCCGUCACCACGGUAACCAUCCUUGAUGACGAAGUGUCUGGAAGUCUGGUUCUACCUGCCCCUCCAGUGGUGGUAUCUCUGUUACACUAUGAUGACGUAGAGACAGGAAUCAAGAAGAACCCUUCACCGGGAUACCCUCUUAUAUGUGUAUCAGCCUGUGAUAUCCACUAUCCAACCUACACCAUCACACAUUCUUUGUGUCAGGAUUCGAACAUCAACCAGUCAGCCAUCUUGUAUACCUGGGAGGUUGCUAUGCCCGCUAAUGACCAAUUAGGAUCCAAACCUCCUUUUGUCAUGGUAACUGAUGCCACACUAUUUACAAGUGUCAAUAAGAUCGUGCUUGACAGCAUUUACUUUCGUCCAACAUUUCGAGUCAGGUGUAUUGCACAACCUCGACAUGCCAACGGAAAUCCAGGAAUUUCUUCCAAGAGUGAAGCGGUAACCAUCAGCCAUGAGGAGGGGAUUUGUAAGGCCCCUGUGUUCCAUGGUUCUCCUCACAACAGUUAUGGUGCCCAAUCUUUCUUGGCCAAUCUGGACUACGUAGGUCCCGAGGACCCAAACCAUCCCAAUACUAUCCACAUCUCCAUCCAGAUUCCACACCAGGAUGGCCACCUCCCACUCAUAUCAACCUUCCCGCUCCACAACCUGCGCUAUCUUUUAGCCGAACCUGUGUACCGACAGCAACAUCUGUGUUCAAACCUCAUCACACCAGAGGAGCGACAGGGGAUUGUUGACUCCGGAUUCCUAGACAACCCACAAGCUUUCCCACCAGUUUAUAACUUUCCAUACCAGUUUGACUCGCAGCUGAGAGAAAACCGCACUAUCAGUCUAUACAAACAUCUAAACCUCAAGUCCUGUGUAUGGUCGUUCAGUGCGUGGUAUCACAUGACUGACUUAGUAGACAUCUGCGGCGGUAAAGUUAUCUCUGAUUUCCAGGUGAAGGGUGUCGGCCAGACCUACCUGACUGUGUCGGUGCCUCUGUAUGUGUACUACGUGUACGUGACUGCGCCCGUGGGGUGGGGCUCCCUUCAGCACCAUACAGACAUGUCCUUCUCCUUCUACUACGACAACAUUCUGUGGCAGGCAGGGCUGGAGGGCGAGGGAACCACAGGUGGUGACCUCCAGGUUCUCAAGGUCCUGGUUGGUCGGGAUGGCAAACUUGUUAUUGAUCUCAAGACACACGCUAAGUUCCGAGGAAUGUAUGUUCUUAAACACCACACCAUGCCUGGAAUUGAGAGUCGAAUACUUCCACCAGAGGGCAUGGCUAUAACCUUUGACCUGACCUUAAUGUGGGGUCAACAGACCUUUGACAGCCCCCAUCAGCUGUGGCGAGCAACAAGUAACUUCAAUCUCAAGGAUUACACAGGGCAGUACAUUAUUGAGCUUAUACCUUGUACAGUAGCAUCUACCCAGGUGUUUACUGGGGGUCAGGAACCUUUACCGUGUACUGGUCAUCAGCCACAGAGGUUUGAGGUACCCAUAGCCUUUCAGCAGUCCAACAGACCCGUACCUCUCGUAUACACUCUAAACACCAGGUUCCAACUCACCAGCAACAGACAAACCUUCCUACAGGGGCCAGAUCAGACACAGGACGACCUGUACUUUGAUGAUACAACAUUCACCAUUGGUGAGGAGCUAUUUGGGCGUGUUAUGUGGGAUCCAGACCAGGAUCUGCGGGGUGCCUACAGACUCUCUGUCCAAAAAGUCUACCUGUGUGCCGGAAGUGAUGGUUUUGUGCCGACCUAUGACCCUAAAGGUGAUAUCUAUGGCGACGGGCCUCAGUUUGGAUGUAUACAGCCCAGUAGAAACCUGCUUCAUAGAUUCCUGAUCCUGGAUCGAGGUAAUCCCGAUGUAAUACAGAGGCACUUCCAGCACGUACCAUUUAACGCUCAGUUCUGUGGAGACAGCCCGGACCUGGCUCGUUUAGAGGACUUCCCCGGAAUAGACGGCUUCAGCAUAAGUACUGAUCCUCUUUACAAAGUAACUGCUGGCGUCCAGUGGUAUUUACAAGUGGUAUACAUUAUUACUAGGGGCGAUAGUUCCCUACCCGAAUACCGAAACAGGCGAUCCUACCGUGAGAAACGAGGCAUAUCACCAGAGCAAGACAAUCCUCUGGAUCAACCUCGUAAUGGAACAAAUAUAAUAGCCAUAAAGUUGAAAAAAGACAGCUCCCAGUCAAACGGGGAUUCCCCGACAGAGUUACCAUGGAUAAUGCCAGUGGUAGUGGUACUUCUAGUCAUAGCAGUGGUAGUGGUAGUGGUGUGCUGCCUGUGCUUCUGUUUCCGACGGAAACGCCGAAGGAAAAGGAAAGAGCAGAGCUCUCCAGUUACAAGAAAGAGUAAUAUAGAAAUUGCACAGCAGAAUUCUCUACGAUCUUCACAUCAAAAUCGACAGAACAGACUGUCACAGUCCAAAAUCAACGUGAAUAUCAUGGAGAUCAAAAACUCUUCAGUUCACCAGGCAGAAAAAGACAGGACUUUUAACGUGAAAAUCAAAGAUACUAAUAUAAAAUCUCAGGGAAAAAAUACUCACAAUAUAUCAGGGACAGAAGUUUGAUUUCCAGUCCUGUCUUCCAUUGUUGUGGGCCAGUCUAUUGUGAUAUAUGGGGGUGAUGGGGGAUUAUUUAUACCAAUUUUAAUAUGUAUGAUAUAAAUCUGUUUAAGACUACUUUUUAUCACCACAUCAGGAAGAUUUCUCUAGAUUUUUGUGUUUUAUUUCAGACACUAGUGUGGAGACUGUUAAUGAUGAAAUAAUUGUUUUUAUUUAAUUAAUAUCAUUGUCACAUAUCUACUAGGUACUGGAAUGGACAAUUUACAAAACUCUAUAGGAUCACAGGAAAGUGUCAUUUAAAAUGAACAUCAACGGCUGAUAUAUUGGUUAGCUGUUCAAAACAUCAAGUAAAAUUUGCUUCAUGAAGAUAUAUAGAUACUGAAAUAUUUUAAAAAAUCACCCCAAGGCUGUAUUUAAUGUACAAAUUAUUUGAAAAACAUUAGAAUAAUGAUGGUAAAUCUUGAACUGAAACAAUAUGGUGUCAAUCUGAAACUCCACAAGAUGACAUGAUGAUGAUGAACGACACCUGAGAGUUCUGGAGUCGUCCAUUGCCAUAAUUGUAUAAAAUUGUUAAACUAAAAAUACUGUAAAACUUGACCCUCCAUAAAUGUUCCCACAACAGUAUUGUACAGCCAAGGGUGAAGUGCAAUAUGUCUACUGAUCAUUGAUAAGUGCCAUACAUGUAUAUCUCCUAUAGCUGUGUGAUAACAGGGAUCAGUGUUUGUAGUGAGAGAAUGGUGUGUAAGGAAUAUUGUUUAUUAUAACAUUGAUUACCUCAACUAUAAGUACAACUAUUGUAACAGUCCUUAAUCAUUGUCAAUCAUAAGUUCUCUGUGAAUGUAAAAGAGUCAGUUUCCUGGAUUGUAGAUAUAUAAAA